AUGCCUAAAAAACGACAGUUUGCUUCAAAAAUUUUAUAUGUGGGUACCAUAGAAUCACAUCUGCAUUAUGGAAUUUGGGCCAAAACUUAUGCAGCUUUUCAGUGUACCUGUGAUGGAAUUGGAACAAAUAAUAUUAAAUCAGUCCAUCGACUGCAAUUAGCAAAUGCUACCAAACAAUUUUUCUUAAAACGAAAACUGAAUACUCUGCUUGCUGUAGUAAUAAUAAGCAUUAGUGACCUAGAGGAAAAUAGAUUCUAUGGGGUUGAAUCCGAUUGUAUUAAAAGAAUUAUAGAACAAACUCCAGACGAAAUUUGGAAAAGAGUAGAAAUUUACCAAAAAUAUACUGAGUCAUACCUCUUUGGAAUUACAAGUUUAUUAGUUCAAGAACGUCUAA